UAUUCAUAUCGGCUCUCGCGUCCUAAUCUCAGAAGAGUGGGGCACAAUUAGGGUUAGGGUUUCUCCCUUCCUGGCAAAUACAGAACCAUCUUUUUAGUUUUUAGCCGCCGUUGGUGAAGAUGACUGGUAAGGCGAAGCCGAAGAAGCAUACGGCGAAGGAGAUUCAAGCGAAGAUCGAUGCUGCGUUGACGAAUCGAGGAGGAGGCCAAGCUGGAAUCGCUGAUCGGACCGGAAAAGAGAAAGGAGGUCACGCUAAGUACGAGUGUCCUCACUGCAAAAUCACGGUUCCAGGUCUAAAGACUAUGCAGAUCCAUCACGAAUCCAAGCAUCCUAAGCUCACUUAUGAUGAAUCAUUGGUCGUGAAUCUCCAUGCUGUGUUAGCACCCGUAGCUGAGUCAAAACCUAAACCUGGUAUCAGGGGAAGCUUGAAGAAGUAACUCUAUUGUUUCAAUUUUUUCAUCUUUUUUAUAUUGAAAGAUUCUGAUUUGCUACUCUUUACCCUCUCAAAUCGAUAAUGUUGUUGAUGUUAUAUCAAUAAACUGUGUGUAAUUUGACGAUUUCUCAUUCUCAAAUCGUUUGGUUUAGCUUCGUAGUUUCA